GGGAGCGCAGCGCAGCCUCCGAGAGCCGCCCGCUCGCCCCAGCUCGGCCGGGCUCCGGGAGCCGCCGCCGGCAGAGAUUAAUGGGAAGGAAAAGCGGGUAAAGAGGGAACCCAGAGGAGCCUGGCACCCAGCAGUGAAGGUUGAGCAGCCUGGAUUACUGCACUGGGGUCCUGAAGCAAGGAAACCAACUGAUGUGUGUUUAGCACGGCUCAACUUGUGGUGACCAAGCACUUCUCUGGAGGCCUGUCCCUCCGAGCAGCACACAGGCGACAGAGAAAAAUAUGGGGCGCAUAGGCAAUUAAAGACUAGAAAAGACAGUGUGCUUCAAGUCCUGAGAUUUGCUAAGGAAGAGUUGGAUCAAGUGGCCUGAAGACCAUGGAGGGAGACUGUCUGAGCUGCAUGAAGUACCUGAUGUUUCUUUUCAAUUUUUUUAUAUUUCUGGGAGGAGCAUGCCUGCUAGGAGUUGGGAUCUGGGUCAUCGUGGAUCCAACAGGUUUUCGAGAGAUCGUGGCUGCCAACCCUCUGCUCUUCACAGGAGCAUACAUCAUGCUGGCUAUGGGAGCAAUGCUCUUUCUGCUGGGUUUCCUUGGCUGCUGCGGUGCCAUCCGUGAGAACAAAUGUCUCCUACUUUUUUUCUUCAUGUUUAUUUUGUUAAUCUUCCUGGCGGAGCUUUCAGCUGCAAUUCUGGCUUUUAUCUUCAGAGAAAAUCUGACGAGAGAGUUUUUCACCAAGGAGCUGAAGAAGCAUUACGUGAGGAACAAUGACACAGAUGUCUUCUCCUCCACCUGGAAUUCUGUUAUGAUCACAUUUGCCUGCUGUGGAGUGAACGGACCAGAAGAUUUUGACGCUGUCCCUCCAUUCCCACACUUGUUGGAAGAGGCUAUACCAGAGGCUUGUUGCCAGCGAAAGCUCCAGAGCCGAGAAGGGAUGAUUGUUAACAGGCAAGCCUGCCUCCGAGGCAGCGAGAAAUUUCAGAACCGGCAGGGCUGCUACACUGUGAUCCUGAACUCCUUUGAGACCUACGUGUAUCUUGCAGGAGCCCUGGCCAUCGGAGUGCUGGCCAUUGAGCUGUUUGCCAUGAUUUUUGCCAUGUGUCUCUUCCGAGGGAUCCAGUAAGAGGCACCCUGCGGACCACCACAUUCCUAACAUUGGAAUGAUGCUUGGAAGAAAGAAGGAAUAUCAGACGAAACACAACCUGAAAACACAUGAGAAACUUUAUUUUUUUUAACAAAAUGGGAUAGGGGGGAAAAAUGGAGGGGAAAAAAAAAAAAAAGAGGGCUGUAAUAUAUGAAUGACCAAAAGGAUUGUACUUCAGGGGCUGGAACUUUGAGGUGAUGUGCACUACACUGUACACCGGAGCCUUGCCCAGAGCCACCCACGGCAGCUGUGGAGCAGGAGCCCAGUGCAGCCACUUAUGCUAUGGACAGAUGGAGCCUAUGGGGAGGAAUGGGAGGA